UUUUUCUUCCCUCUAUAAAAAUUCCCAACACAAAAAUAGGAGACACAAAAAGGUUUCACAUUUCAAACCCCCCUCUAAAGCCAAGAAGCAAGAAAACCCUCACCAAAAUGGCAACAUCCCUUUCACACGCCUACAAAGACACCCACAUCCAACUCUCCCACAUUAUCCCACUCGAUUUCGGGUCAGUCCGCCACCUCCCCGACUCCCACGUGUGGAGCGCCGCCCACGAGGCCCCCGCACGUGCGGAGGGGGCGGCCCUUCCCGUGAUCGACCUGCGGGCCCCGGACGCGGCGGGGCUCGUGGGGGAGGCGUGCCGGGGGUGGGGGGUGUUCCAGGUCACGAACCACGAGGUCCCCGAGGCCCUCGUGGAGGAGGUGGAGGGGCACGCGCGGCGUCUCUUCGGGCUCCCCGCCGAGCGGAAGGCGAGGGCGCUGCGGACGCCGAGCGGGGCGACGGGCUACGGCGUGGCGAGGAUUUCGCCAUUCUUCCCCAAAUUAAUGUGGCAUGAGGGCUUCACUAUCAUGGGCGGCUCCGCCGUGGAGCAUGCCAAGCAACUUUGGCCUCAUCACUAUCACCACUUUUGUGACGCAAUGGACAAGUACCAAAAGAAGAUGAAAUCGGUAGCCUACAAAAUCUUGCUCCUAAUCCUCAAGGCUUUGGGUGUGGAUGAAGAGGAAUUAAUUUCAUCGUCAUCAUCAUUUCUCAUGUACCAAUCCGACGGUGCAUUGCAGCUCAAUUCUUACCCGAGCUGCCCGAACCCUAGCCGGGCCAUCGGGCUGGCCCCGCACACCGAUUCGUUACUACUGACGAUCUUGCAUCAGAACGACACCGACGGCCUCCAAAUCUUGCAGGAAGGGGUCGGGUGGGUUCGGAUCCCACCCAUACCAGGGGCCCUGGUCGUCAACAUAGGCGACCUGAUGCACAUUUUGUCCAACGGGGAAUUCCCCACUAUGUGCCAUCGUGUCGUCCCUAACGAGACGAGCCAUAGAUUUACCAUGGCUUACUUCUAUGGGCCCCCGGCCGAUUCCGUGGUGGCCCCGCUGCCUAAUUUGCCUGGGCCACCACGGUUUCGGGCAGCCACGGUCAAGGAGUACAUCGGCCUCAAGAACAAGCAUCUUGAGAAGGCUCUUUCUUUAAUCCAAAUUUGAUCUAAUCCCAAAUUAAAUUUGUCAUUCAAUUUGAUUGACUAAAUUCUUCAGAAAAUUGAUGUUGUGGUGACAUUUGAUUAAUAAUUAACUAGUUUGAAUAAGACCUCAUUUUUGUAACAA